AUGGUUACUUACCAAUCGCCACAGCCUUCGCCUGGUAGUAGCGAUUGGUUAUUUAAUCAAUCGCCAUAUGUCUAUAGCGAUUGGUCAUCCACCAAUCGCCGUUGCCAAUCAUGGCAAUGGCUAGAAGACUUUUAUCGAUUGAGAGCGAUUGAUAACUUCCCUUAUUCUUUCUCUGUCCUUCCAACCAUUCAUUCGUCUUCAACAUAUAGCAGCAACAUCAGCAGCCCAUCUCUCUGUCUUCCUUAUUUCAGAAACCCAUCGACCUCUCUUUACCUUACCUUUUUUCAGCCGAUCCACUUCAGCAGCUCAACUCAUCCGAUCAACAUCAUCAUCUUCAACAGAUCUUCAUUAGUUCAGCAACAGAUCAUCUUUAUCAUCAACAUUUCAUUGGAUUUAAUGGAAGAAGAGAAAACAGAGAAUGAAGGAAUAUGGAUUAUUUGGUUUUGGAUAAACUUGAAGAUGAGAAAAGAGAAGGAUCCAAAUCAAGUAACUAAAGCUACUGGACAGUGAAGACUUGGAUAUCGAUAUAUUUUUGGUAAGAAAAGUUAGUCCUCUCCUUAGAGUAGUGUAUUAAGGGAGAGUUAGAAUGAUGUAUUUUGUAAACCUGAAGAUGGUAGCAAUGUCACCUUGUAAUUUUGGACUUUUGAUGAGGUGGCAAGAACAUAUUGUAGCUGAAAGGAUUUUUGGUUAAUGAAAGAAGGGCGAUAUUUUGAAUUAA